CGGACCAUUAGUGUGACGCAUCCCUCCACAGGGUACGUGAAUUCGCGCCUGCAGCAUUCGCUCAAGGUUGCACCACACCAAGAAUGUACAUCAAGCAGGUGAUCAUCCGUGGCUUCAAAACCUACAAGGAGCAGACUACGCUGGACGAGGAUUUCUCUCCUGGUACCAAUGUGGUUGUGGGCUUCAAUGGCUCUGGAAAAUCAAAUUUCUUCCAAGCCAUUCUGUUUGUGCUGUCUGAUCAGUACAGUUCUCUGCGAGCAGAGACACGAAAGGCCCUUUUGCACGAGGGCGCGGGGCAGGCAGUGCUUACAGCCUACGUUGAAGUCGUGCUCGACAAUGCGGAUCGGCGGAUUCCUGUGGAGAGUGACACCCUAUCCAUCCGCCGUUUGAUUGGGGUGAAGAAGGACGAUUGGCUGUUGGAUGGAAAGCAUGCGACCAAAGCAGAGAUCUUUGGGUUGUUGGAAGGUGCAGGUUUUGCAAAGACCAGCCCGUACUACAUUGUGCAGCAGGGCAAGGUCAGUGAGCUCACCAUGAUGACCGAUGCCCAACGCCUGGGCCUUCUCAAGGAUAUCUCUGGUGCUGGCCUCUACGAUGAGCGCCGCACGGAGUCGGUGAAGAUCAUGGAGGACACCGCCGCGAGGCGGACGCAAACCGAGGGACUGAUUCAAGACAUUGAACAGAAGCUUCAGAGCUUGGAGGAAGAGCAACGUGAGCUGCGUGAGUGCGAGAAGCUGGAAGCUCGACGCCGGACGCUUGAAUACGCUCUGGCAGAUCGUGAGUGGCGUUCUGCACAGGAGCGUAUUGAGGUGCUCCACAUGAGACGUGGCGAGGCCUCGCAUGAACUUCAGCAGUUGCAAGGCAAAGUUGCAGAUCUCCGUCAGAAGUCUGGAGAGGCCGAAGCAGACGCUGAGCGCAUGGAGGAGAAGCGGCGGCAAGUGGCAGAGACUUUGGCAGGCCUUGAAGUGGAGCGUGACCGAACAAUGGAGGCUUUGGCCAAAGCACAGCUGGCCGCAGAGGAGGAAGUUCGUCGGCAGCGAGAAGGAGAGGAAACAGGCGCAGAGCGUUUGGCUGAGCUUCAACGUGCACGGAAGGAGGUGGAAGAAGCUAGUGCCUUGGUGGAAGCAGAGCGGCCACAGGUGGUUGCCGCCCUGGAGCAGCUGCGAUCAGUAGAGCAGCAACGGCAGGUGUGCAAUGCUGAGCGUGAGCAACUGUUAGCACGACAGGGUCGUCGCCAGCAGUUCCGCACUGUGGAGGAGCGAAACCGUGCCCUGGACGAGGAGGUCCGUGUGCGUGAAGAAAAGUUGGCCGAUGCCAGGCGAAAGAUUGAUGUCAGCAUGGAGCGAGAAAAGAGAAGCGAGAAGUCUCAAAAGCAAGCCCAUGAGGCGGCGGUAACGGGACGGACAGACGUGUCCAGCAAGGAGCAGGAGUUAGGCUCCUUGGGCAAAGAAUUGCGUGGCUUGGGUGAGAGGUUGGAUUCCAGCGCCGAGAAACUCCGGCUCCUCCACCAGGAUCGGCACAAAGCACAGCGCGAAGUGGAAAAGCUUCGUCAAGAGGCGCGCACCAGCCAAUAUCGGCUUGAGGGGACCAUGCCAAGAGCCAAUUGCCAGGCUGUCACUGCAGUGAUGCGCUGGGCGCAGGAGCAGGGGCUUCAAGAUCGAAUUCGCGGCACACUGCUCUCCCACAUCGAGGUUUCUGCAACUUUUCGAGCGGCUGUAGAGAGCUUUGCGGGGUCUGCCCUUUUCAAUGUACUGGCCAUGGAUGAUGAGGCUGCCGCUGAAGCUGUCAAGUACGUGAGGACACGCCGCUUGGGCGCAGUGGUUGUGACUCCCAUCAGUCAGCUUCCGCUCAGAGAGCACUCGUUCCCAAACAUGGAAGGAGUCAAGCCCUUGGUCUCGGUGGUGAAAUGCCCAGACUGGGUCCGCCCAGCAGUUCAGCAAGUCUUUGGGAAGGCGGUGGUGUGCCGUACAAUGGAGCUUUGUGAAGAGGUGGCCAGGCGGCAUGGCAUUGAUGCCAUCGCAUUGGAUGGUGAUCGUGUGAGUCGCAAGGGAGUGAUCACGGGCGGCUUUCAAGAUCCCCAGCGCUUCGUUCGACUCUCCUUGGCGGAGGCCAUUCGUGCUGCACAACAGCGGCUCCUUCAGGCGGAAGAGAAGUUGCCAAAUCUGGACACGCAGAUUGAAGAAGUUGGGGAAGAGGUCAACGGUCUCCACAGCGAGCGCCGGGAGAUACAGGAGCAGCGGGGCAAGAUUCGAGUGGAACUGCAACGCCUUGCUGAAGAGGUCAAGCACGCCGAAGAGACCAUCUCCGCUUCUGAGCGGGAUCUCAACAAUCUUCGAGAAUGGCGCCAUCGCAUGCAGGUCCUCAUCAGCGACUGUGAAGCCUCCAUCGAAGCGAAGAAGGCCGAGCGUGCCUCGCGCUCCUUGAGCACCUUGUCGGCUGCAGAGACCAAGCGCUUGCAGGGUCUCACAGAUCAAUGCCAGGCGCUCGAGGCGCAGGAAGCCUCAGCACAGGAAACGCUGCAAAAUUUGCGCGCAUCCAUGGAGGAGCGUCAGGCGACCUUGGAAUCCAUGCUCCGGCCGCGACUCCAUGCCUUGGAAGUUGAGGCUGCCAGCGGAUCCCAGGAUGCUGCACUGGAGAAAGCUCAAGAGGCUGCACAGAUUCGAGCAAGACUGGAGCGUGAACAUCAAGAGGCCAGGGAAGGUGCCACCGCAGCAAGUGAAGAGCUUCGAAAGAUCUCUGAGUCUUGUGAGAAAGGCCGUUCUCAUUUGGAGCAACUCCUGUUGGAGGAGCAACGGGUCACAGACCAAGCGGCCCAGGCCAGUGUCCGAGUUGAUCAGCUUACAUCUGAACUUGGUGCACAAGGGAGCAAGAAGGUGGAGGUAGAUGCCAAGUUGCAAGGUUUGGCCGCAGCACCGGCCGAGGUGGAGCAGUGUAGAGAGCUUUCAAAGCCGCAGCUUGUUCAAGAACUCUCUGAAGCAAAUCGUGCUUUGCAGGCCUUCCAGCACGUGAAUCGCAAAGCGGUGGAACAGUAUGAGAAUUUCUCGGUCCAGCUGGUAGACCUCCGAAACCGAAAGGAGGACAUUGAUGCAGGAGAGUCCGCUAUCGCAGAGGCCAUUCAGCAAAUCGAUGCUCAAAAGCAGCAUGCUGUGCUGGAGACUCUCCGACGGGUGAACGGCCAUUUCCAACAGGUCUUUGGUGAGAUGGUGCCCGGAGGCGCUGGGAAGCUAAAGCAGCUCCGUCGCGAUCGAGACGUGGAGAUGACCGGUGAUACUGACGGCAGCCAAGAGGCUUCCUUGGGAGACAUCGUGGGUGUCCGCAUCGAGGUGUCAUUCACGGGUCAAGCCACAUCCUUCUUGACCAUGAACCAGCUGUCCGGCGGGCAGAAGACGGUUGUGGCCCUCAGCCUGGUGUUUGCUAUUCAGCGACUGGAGCCUGCUCCAUUCUACCUGCUUGAUGAAGUAGAUGCCGCGCUCGAUGCAUCCUAUCGAUCUGCUUUGGCCAAUUUGGUGGCGAAAACUGCCAGGACCUCGCAAGUCAUCCUCACCACGUUCCGCCCGGAGACUUUGGAAAAGGCUGAACGAUGCUAUCGUGUGUACCAGCAAAACAGGGCCAGUCGCAUUGAUGCUGUGUCACGUGAUCAAGCUGAGGAGGUGCUUCGUGCCCAAGAUCGCUUGGCUCAGGCUGAGGCUGAACGAGCUGCACUGAUGGCUGACUGAGAGGCGGUCGAUCCGUUCGCUCAGUCCAGCCCAAAGGAGCAGGCCAUUUGGACGUCCGGCACGAACGUCCAAAAAUCAAAAGGUGCUUGACUCCAGAGCUGAAUUCUGCUGCCAGUGCAUGCUCUCACAGGUUGAAUUGUUGGCAGGGCAGCAUGGCAAUUGUGCUACAGGUUUGGACCCUCGAUUUCCU